AUGGAUUAUCCUAACUUAUGGCAUAUUGGUUCUUUUGGUUAUCAGGGAAACUUGAUUGGUAGAGGAAUAAUUGAAUUUUGUGAUGGAGCACCUCCUGUUAAGAAUUUUAUAUCGCUGGGAGGUCCACAUGCUGGUACCGCUUCUAUUCCAUUAUGUGGAUCCGAGUCAUUAUGCACCCUUAUUGAUGUUGUACUCCAAUUAGGGAUCUACAGCCGGUUUGCCCAGCAAAAUCUGGCUCCCAGUGGCUAUGUUAAAAUACCCAUAGAUAUAGCUGGCUACAUUAGGGGUUGUAAGUUCCUUCCAAAGCUUAAUAAUGAAAUAGUUAAUAAGAGGAAUUCCACCUACAGGCAGCGAUUUGCUAGCUUACAGAAUUUGAUUCUCAUAAUGUUUGAACAGGAUACAAUUGUAAUACCAAAGGAAACAGCUUGGUUUGGCUAUUAUCCAAAUGGAGCCCUCCAUCCCGUUGUACCAGUUCAACAGACUGAGCUCUACAUUGAUGAUUGGAUAGGUUUGAGAGCUCUUGACGAAGCUGGGAAAGUUAAAUUUGUUAACGUAUCGGGAGAUCAUCUAGAUAUCUCUCGUAGUGACAUGAAAACUUAUAUAGUGCCGUAUUUAACUGAUGAAGCAUCAAUUGUUCCAAGGCCAAAACUAAAACAUUCUUCUGGUUGGAUUUCUUCCAUUUGGAGCUCUCUGGCGGAAAUGUUUGGACUCAACGAAGAUUUGGAAGUUCUUUCAAAUGAUAUUUAGAUUUAAAAAAAGGUGUAAAAGCAAUGAUUUUUUUUUUGUGUGUGUGUGUGUGGGCAUGAAACUGUUGGUCUACUUUGAGAUUGAAUGAGAAACCAGGAAGUCAAGUUUGAUGAAGAAGAGUGAUAAAGUGUCAAGUAGAUGAAGAUUUGGAAACAAGAAUUUGAAAAUUCCAAAGUCAGAAAAUAGUUACCAGCAGUUAUUGAGAGUGUUUCUCAAAUCAACUCAGAUGUAAAGAUCUUAGAUAAUCGAUCCUGGGCAUUUAGAUGUGCUUGCAUAAGGUUUCUUGAUUGUUAAGAGCCAAAAAUCUAUGAAUAGGACUCUUUGUAAAUCAUUUUUGUUGUUGAAAAAUAUUAUGCAAACACUCGGCAAUACUUAGCAUGCCUCACACACUGAAAUGACUUUGGUUUCCUGAGUCAAGGGUAUGUUUUCAACCACAUUUAAAUAAAAGUCUUUACAUUCUUGCCAUUUA